AUGCUUUGCGUGCAGCGCUCGUUUGCACGUACUCUGCAGUGUGCAGUCCUGACUUAUCCCCUCUCGCUAAGCGGUCGACUGCAACUGUCAACGACGCGUCAUGCAGCGACUGCCGGCGUCACCGCGGCGCCGAAGUGGCCGAUGCAGAUGCGGAGGAAGGCUCAGGAGGGUGUCCUGGGGCAGACGCUUCCCCAUGUCUCAGGUCCCCAGAUCCAAGAUUCACACGUGCAUGUGGCGUGUGUGCUUCUGUACAUCGCAUGUCGCAUCUUUGUCCCAAAUGAGGUUCAUCCCGGAGUAGCAUCAAGAGAUGGCAAAGUACGGCCGGUGCCGUUCACCAUUUUGAAUAUGGUGCUUGAAAACCGCGCACCAUUCAUAUGCAGGGCAAGGAACGACGUGCGCCGUAUUCUGUACAUGUACGUCGUUCUUCCUUAUUCGCACAAAGUCCGAAGUGACCCCAGCCUGCGACGUACAUAUCCGUCCAAGGGCCGACACUACGAAAUGCUGCCGAAGCGAUGCGACUCUACAACUGCACAUCGCAGUGGCCCCCAACCAAAGAAGCAGGGGCCAAAAGCGAGCCAUGGUUCGAAGUAG